CACAGUCACACACAGUCACACACACACACACACACACACACACACGCACAGACACAUACAGACACACACACACACACAUGGUCCCAAACGGCGGCGAUGGCGGGAGGACGCUGUUUGUGUCACUGAUUGCGUUUGUGGUGUUGGCAGCGCCUGGGCUGUACAUCCUCGUGGCGCCAUCAGAGGCAGACACAGCCGUGUACUCGGCACACACUCAACGCCUCGAGGUGCAUGGCGGAGAACUACCUCAGCUCCAAGUGCAGCCGGCAGCCUCAAGCAAACGGCAACGCACGCAACAACAAUCAAUGCAACAACAAACAACGCAAGAGCAGCAGCAAACGAAGGCACCAGCAUCAACGGCAAACGCAGAGCAAGGCCUCGUGCCUCAGACAGCCUCGCCCAAGAACGAUGGGGAGCAUACACCAACAACAGCGGCAGUGGAGGCAACACGGCCAGCACCACCAGGGAAGCUCCGUGUGCGCACGGAAAACGGGCCAUACGACAUCAGGGAAGCUGUUCGCGUCUGUCACGCAAAAGGACAUGCUCGACCCCCCAGCCCAGCCUCGAGCAGCAGCAGCAGCAGCAGCAGCAGCAACUACGUGUACUUGGGGUGUCUUGUGUUCACAGAAGAGGCGUUGGAUAAGGCAGCCACUUUGCCUGUGGCCGACUCGUGGGAUGCAUGUGCCAGUGCAUGUACCAGUCGACACCUGCCUCUCUUCAUGCUCUUCGCUGAAAAACAGCAGCAGCACUUGCCUGGGGAGCUGGGCAAGCGGCGCUGUGCGUGUUUCUCCGAGCAGCUGCCCACGCCAGCCCGCGCGUGCACUGCGGCACAAGCCACAGUGGCUUCCACGUCAGCACCACCCGCCGCGUGGGGCAGCAAGUGCGACACAGCGCCCUGCCUGUCGACGACCACCGAGCACCACCUCUACCACAUUGGACAGUAUCCGAGCCGCCACAUGGGUUCGCAGGAGGGCGCUGCCACGCCAGAUGAGCGCGAGCACGUCGACGUGCACCUGUUCGUGCACGACCGCCUCAGCAGCCUGUGGCACACGUGCAGGCUUGCGCACUACUCCACCCGCUACAACUAUCGCGUGUACGACCAGCGGUUUCAGCACGCGGAAGGCGGGAUGGUGGACCAUGUGCUCCACGCCAUGGCGGGACCCAAGCUGAUUGUGCUCAACGCGUGCUGCUCAAAGCCCGAGCUGCUGCUCAACUGGCCUGACGACGCCGUGCUCGUCAUUGCCGCCGAUGAGAGUGCGCGGUGGGGGUUCUCGCAUCCAAACGGGCAUGUGUGGUGGGGUCCACACGGCAAGAACGGGCCGUUGGCGACAGAUGCAAGCGGCAACAUGGUGCUGCCGCCAAAAGUGACGCCGCUGUUCAAGCAGUACUACUCGGCAAAGCACGUGGAUGUGUAUGGCGACGACGUGCACUUCCUCCCACUUGGCUCCCGUUACGAGUUCCAGGACCCGCCAGCAAACCUCGUGCCAAGCACGCGGCGGCGAUACGUGUACAGCUUCAUGGGCGCAACCACCAACCCCAUGCGCAAGCAGCUGGUGGAAGUCAUGCAAGCAGACACGCUCAUUCCAAAAGAAAAGGCGUUCCUUCAUUUGAUUCGCAAAUGGGCCACCGAUCCAAACGACCCAAGCACGGGCUAUCUCAACUCCACGCAGUACGCCCAGAUCAUGAGCAAUUCCGUGUUCACCAUGUGCCCAAAGGGGAAUUCGAUUGAGCAGUUUCGCAUCUACGAAGCAAUCGAGGUUGGCUCCAUCCCCGUCAUCUGCAUGGAGGGAAAAUACGCGCGCGAGCGCCUGCCGCCAGAGAUGUUCGAGUCGCCGAUCUUGCUCGUGGACGAUUGGUCCGAAGCACCACAAGCGAUGAUGGAGGUGUACAGCGACCCCGCAGCGCUGUUGGCGCGGCAGAUGGCGCUGGCAGCGUGGUACGACGCGUACAUGCGCGCACGCAUCCACGACAUCGAGGCCGUGUUACAGCGCAAGAGCAGCAGUCCAUCACCAGGCACGUGAUGCAGUGGCAGGUUCUGACAACGUGGUGUCAUGACACGGGUGGUGAUACUCGGGUACUUGCGUUCGUGCUCGAGGAAGUGUAGGUUUUGGUUUUGGUGUUGGUGCUGGUGAUGGUGCUGGUGAUGGUGCUGGUGUUGGAACUAGCAAGGCGCAUUUUCCUGUGUGAUGAGGAGGGAAUAUGUGUGCACGCGUGCGAC